AUGGGAGAUGAUGAGGCUUUCGAUUCUUUCUAUGGAAAGCUCAAUGAGAUUGUAAUUGCCGAACUCAAUCUUGGAGAGAAGAUUGAAGACUCUAAGGUGGUGAGAAAAAUUUUGAGGUCUUUACCGGAGAGUUUCCGAGCAAAAGUUACAGCUAUAGAAGAGAGUAAAGACUUGGAUGAGAUCAAAAUCCAAGAGCUAAUCGGAUCUCUUCAAACAUAUGAGUUAGGACUGCCUUUUCAUAAAUCGAGCAAAUCCCUUGCUCUUAAAACCAUCACCAAGAGAAUGGACAACCCCUCCGAAGAGGAUGAUGUGGAGAAGGAAGUAGUUUUCCUUGCAAAGAACUUCCGAAAAUUUCUAAAGAUGAACAACAGUGGAAAACCUUUCAACAGCGGAAAGUUUUCAUCUCCCAAGGGUGAUAGGAAGGAAUUCAGGAAGAAAGAUGGAAAGGACUCUCAAUCCACUCAAGGAAUCACUUGCUUCGAGUGCAAUGGACAUGAAGAAUCGGAUGCUGAGAUAGAUGAAGAUAUAGCUAGUCUUCAAGAAAAUUAUAACUCUCUCCUUGAGAAGUUGGGAGAAUAUGCAAAGGUGGCUAAGGCAACUGUGAAAAAGAUGAAGAAAGCUGAGGAAGACUAUAGAAGUCUCCUAGUGAGAUAUAAGGAGGCCAAAUGCGAGAUAGAAACACUAAAUGGCGAACUAACCGAAGCUUACACCAAGGUGAAAUUCCUUGAGCUUGAGGUAGUUCAAGCGAAUUCCAAGGUAAAGCGAGUCUCCACAAAGAAGCUUGAUGAUAUCCUUUCAUCUCAAAAGACCUUCUCCGACAAAACCGUAUUAGGAUACACUGGAGGAAGUAGUUCAGCUAUGAACAUCUCCAAAGAAUUGAAGUUUGUGAAGGCCAAAGAGCCGAUUGCAGUUGUCCCAACUGUUGAGAAAGCCAAUGUGGAGUAG